AUAUUCAACGUCAGAGUUCAGUUCGUUGCUGUCCAUCUACGGUGUGGUGAUGCUGAUGGCGCACUGUGUUCUAGUGCCUGUUCUCACCCCCAGACUGGGUGAGAGACGUGUCAUACAGAUUGGUCUAUUUAUGCAGGGAUUGCAGAUGGUCAUGUUUGGGCUAGCACAGACGCACUCCAUGGUGACGCUAUCCACGAUUCUGGUGCUUGGCGGCACCUUGUACGCACCCCCCGCCGGUUCCAUGGUGGCUGCUGCCAUUCCCGAUGAAGGGCGUGGCAAGCUACAG